ACAUCAGCUUCCUGUUUGGAUACCCACUAGACAUUUGAAGUUCUACAAUGAACCCAUCGGAGAUGCAAAGAAAAGCGCCUCCACGGAGACGGAAACACCGCAAUCGGGCACCAUUGACUCGCAGGAUGAAUCAAGUGGUGAUAUUAGAAAAACAGAUGAAGUCACCACGCACCAAGAAGGCGGAGCUGCCAACCUGGGCACAGUUAAAGAAGCUGACACUGUUAGCUAGAAAAAGCCUAGCUAGCACAAAGGUGACACAAACCUCAGAAAAAAUGCUGUUUGCAGCUUUAAUGGUUGUAUCAACGGUGGUAAGUCUCCCCAUGCCUGCAGGAGCAGCUGCAGCUAAUUAUACCUACUGGGCCUAUGUGCCUUUCCCGCCCUUAAUUCGGGCAGUCACUUGGAUGGAUAAUCCCAUUGAAGUCAAGAGAAGGCGUGUGGAUCCCUGUGUCCAUGGAUCGACCAUGGGAGGCCUCGCCAUCCAUUCAUAUUUUGACUGAAGUAUUA